AUGUCCGAGUCGACCACCAUUCCGCCCGCGCCUUCGCAUAGCAGCCGUGGUUCCCGUUCGGGAACCCGCAGCAAGCUGAAGGCUUUGCGCGCGGAAAUCAAGUCCAAGCUCACAGCCAGUCAAACCCGGAUCGAGCGGACUCUCGCAGAAGCCGCCGAGAGCCAACGGCGCAUUGAACAAGCCUUCGCCGAGAGCCAACAGCGGAUCCAAGCCGCUCUCGAUGAAGCCAAGCAGACCCGUGAGGAUCUGCUUGUUGUAGUGGACGAGGCACUCGCGGAGGCUUCGAGUAGUAGCAGCCGCAGCCGCUCGUCCGCUGGCAACACUCCGAAGAACACUGCGACUGAGAUCUCUGAGCAAGAGAGCUCAGUCGAGGUCGCUACGGAGCAGGUACUGCCCGACCGCGGGGUCGAACAAGCACCGCACGCUGAGCAGCCCGAGCCCGCCGUCGAGUCUGCGCAGAGCCACCCGGAGAGUCCAUCUCGGGUUGCUCCAGCCCAAGCCGCGAAGCCAGGCACCAUCCCAAAGGAUGGUGCAGGCGUCGAGUUCGAUGACCUACCUGUCACCGAACUCUCACCCGAACUGAGCAAGUGGUGCGCCGAGUCGACGCAUCCCUACGCUCAGGAAGGCAUAGGUACACAGUACUACAGUAGUACUGUGUACAGUGGGCACGAGCCCACGCGUGUAGAUACGCCCGUCGCGUGCUCAGAGAUGAGCCGCGACACAAAAUAUAUAUAUUCAUUGUCGCACGACGCGCGUGCCAUGUCGAGCGGCUUGCUCGACGCGACACGCGACGCGCUCGACCCGAUGGGCGUCGAGCGCCACGGGUCCGUGGCGAGCGCCCCGAGUGCUAGCGCCCAACGCACUGCACUCGACCGCCACCACCGACCCCUCGUCCUCGACCACUUCCACACCCUGGGCAGUCAACCCGAGCGCCCGUCCGGCGAACCAGACGCGCACGCCGCCCCAACGCGAGUGCGGACUCGCGUUCGCAACUGGCUGGCUGACUUGCCGUCAGUCCAGUCGGUGGCGACCGACGACCUGGUACCACGCGGUACCAGAUCGCCACUACUUUCCUCCCCGGCUCCUCGCCUCUCACCUCUCGUCUCGCGCCUCGACUUGAGAGGUCUCCCCCUCGAGUCUAGUGACUCUGGCAACCUCUCCCGUGGCUCUGGCGACAUGCAACCCAGCCACGCGACCCAGGACUUGAACGAAGCGCGUUCAAGUUCAGCGCCGAGUAGCAGGACCGAGCGAACAAUGAAGGACGCGGAGCGAGGAGAGCAGAAGGAGUACAGGGAGACGGCGAGCGAUAGCGAAGAGGAGGAAGAAACGAAGGGACAGAGAGAGGAAGGGUGCGGGGCGAGCAGAAAGCAUGAGCACGAAGGCUCGACUCCUGCAGGUACGUACUCACCGUACGUCUUUGCAUGGCCGCCUCCGCUCCCUGUGCCCGCGUCAGUAGGCGUAACGACGAACGAGGGGUUCGCUGUGCGUACUACUGACCACGAAGACGGCAUGUCCGUCCCCAGGUACGACUGCGAAGUCGUACCUGAUACUCCGUGUGGUAGCACAUCGGUGCUGCGGGACGACUUCCAGGUCGUACACCCCACACAUCCCAGUAUGCCCGGGCCAACAGGUGUAUCGACGAACGCGAAGAUCGUCGUACGCCCUGUUGACCACGCACAUCGCACGCACGGGCCCCGGUACAAUCUACAGGCUGUACCGGGCAGUACGCACGGCGACACAGUGGACGCGCACGACUGCAUGUCCGACGUGCCCUGCGGCUCCAUGAACGCACCCAGAGCGUCAGCGACAAACGGAACGUUCGUCGUGCGCACUGGGGGUCAUGAGGAUCGCGUGGAUGCGAUUCGGGACGACCUAACAGUCGUACCCUCCACUCUGCAAGAUGGCACGCUUGCGCCCUGGGACGACCUCGCGGUCGUACCAUACACUCAGCAAGGCGACACGACGGACGCGCAGUAUCGCACGUCCGACGUGCCCCACCAUUCCGCGACUGGCUAUCGAGUAGCGGAUACGCCUCAGGCGGACAUAUCCACCUCGACGCCUAUCCCCUUGUGUGCACCUGUAUCAACAAGCGUAGCGACUAACGAGGAGUUCGUCGUACGCGUGGCUGGCCAAGGGGACGGCAGAUCUGUGAUGCAGGACGACCUACCGGUCGUGCCUGCCGAUCUGCAAGGCCACACGCCUGCAUUGCGGGACGACCUCGCGGUCGUACCGCCCAUCUCGCAAAGCGACACGGCGGACGCGCAGCAGUGCACGUCCGACGGGCCCCAUUCACCCAUCACUGACCGAUGGAUAGCGAGUACGCCGAGAUUGAUGCUCGACGUACACGCUACCGACCAGCACGAAGGGUCGAGAACUGAAGGUACGCCCCUGAUGGACGUAUCCAUCUCGACACCUCCUACCUUCCCCGCGGAGGCAGGAGAGGCAGAUGGGAAGGGUCCGGCAGAAGGAGGAGAGGGGGAAGGGUGCGGGGCGAGCAGGGAAAGCGAGCAGGAGGGCUCGCAAGUCGAAGGUACGCCCAUGCUGGACGAACCCACCUCGCCUCCGCCUGUGCCAGUACCCCUGCGAGCGUGCGUAUCGAUGAACACGGAGUUCAUCGAGCGUACCGCUGGUCACGGAACCAGGUACGACUGCGAAGUCGUAUCUUUCUCUCCGCAAAAUAGCACAUCUGUGCUGCGGUACGACCUCCAGAUCGUACCUGGACCUUCCACAUGGCAAAGCGACACGGCGGACGUGCAAUACCGCACGUCCGACGUGCCCCACUGGUCCGCAACCGGAUGUCGAGUAACGGCCCUACGACUGACGGCGAGCGAACGACGGACGGAUGACGGGCCGGGGCGACGACCGGCGACGACUGAGAACGAAGGACAACGGAGGGCGACAACGACGGAUGGAGGAUUGAUCGACGACGGACGGACGAAGGACGGCGAGCGACGGACGACGGCGACGAACGGGAACGGCGACAGCGACGAACGGCGACAGCGCGACAGCGACCGACGAACGGCGACAGCGACGAACGGCGACAGCGCGACAGCGACCGACGAACGAACCACGACGACGCACGACGAUGCACGACGACGCACCACGACGCAACGCACCACGACGCACCACGACGACGCACGACGACGACGCACGACGACGACGGAAAGCGACCGACGCACGACGACGCACGACGACGGACUGCCCGACUAUGACCGGAUCGACUGCCCGACUAUGACCGGAUCGACUGCCCGACUAUGA